GUGUUUUUUCCCAUUCAUUCAAGUCCGAUUUUUAGUCCCUUUUAGUCCUACGCUACGUGUACUGUGUAGUGUAAAUAGGUACUGUGUUUAAACUGAUAGUAUUGUAGUUCAGUAUUGAUUGAAUAUAAAUAAUUAGAAAAUAAUUUUAUACAAUGUUUCAAAGUUUGUCUAGAUUGUUCAAGAAGCCAGAAUCAAAUGAAACGUGUUCAGAAUGGUCUCCUAAUCCAAAGUGGACACAAGAAUCGGCAUCUUUGUUACAUAACCUCAAAAUUGAAGUAUUGCCACAGCCUUCACUAGAAGAAAUAAUACGAAAUAGUGAUAGUUUUCCCAUAGAAUUUCCUACAAAAACUAACAGAUGUAACCAUUUAAAAAAUAUAGUAAACGAGAAUGAGUUACUAAGAAAUAUCACUUCCGCUUAUCCAGUUAUCCAUGAAAAAGUUCUUCAAAUGUGUUGUGAUUUUAUACUUUUUAAAAGAGAGCAUGGAAACGACAAUGAACUGGAAUUCUACAAAGCCAUGACUCCCGUAGAUCUCAUUAAUAGAUUAUUAAGCAAAAGAGCAGUUGUGUUCGUUGGACCUUAUGACAAGUACAUGUUGCUCGACGGAGCAACUGGUCUUGGUCAUUGGGAAGACAUAGGUAGCUGUAGAGAGCAACUUCCUCUGACAAUGGAAAAUUAUAUGACCUAUGACGAACUUAAGUUAUCAUCUCUAUUAGCGAUUAGUUCUUAUACAUACUUUAUUAACGAAGGUCAUCGAAAAAAUAGGGCAGAACAUCAAGAAGAUAGGAAUAAAAUUGAGGAAGAAGGAAUAAUAAUAGGUUUGGUGGGACCACGACUUCAUAAAACGGGAGCUGUAGAAAACCAAGAAAUAGUAUAUUCUAAGAGACAACAUUCGGCUGAUAAUGGUUACGGCAGAUCCAUAAAAACAAGUUUACCAAAGUUAUUCGCCGAUUUUUACGAAGAAGAAUGUUUAGAUUAUCAUGAAAUGAACAAAAAGAAACACUCUGGCUCGAAUGGUCGGUAUGUCAAUCUGUUUGGACAGGAGAACAUUUUUGAUAACACCUUCUACGUCAAAAGACUGACAAUUUCUUUUGACACCUUGUUAGGAGAGGCUGAUGCAAGAGGUAGUGCAGUUUCAAAGUCAGUAUAUGUGCAUAUGGUUGGCAUAGGUUUGGGAGUAUGGAAAGUUUCGGGACAUCAAGAUAAACUAUUUAUGGAUACAUUUGGAAGAAGGAUACUGACUUUAGGUGAUAAGUUACAUAAUAUAAGUGAUGUCUGUUUGGCGUAUAUGGCUGAAUCAAAAUGUGCUGGAUAUUCACAUGGAGACACCAUUCCCAUAGAAGGGCAUCCAAAUGGAGGAAUAAAGAUCCAUAUUUGUAAUAGGAAUCCGCAUGAAAAAUUAACGGGUGAAGACGAAGGUAAACUUUUAGUAGUAACUUUCGCUUGGGAUGGAAAUUCUUUACCGGGAAAUGAAUACUGGUUUGGAAGUUUAGCGUCAAGUUCUGAUCCAGCAGCUGCCUGUUCCACCCAAGUUGCUGAAAUUCAUAAUCCUCACAUAAAUCCGUACAUUUCUGGAGAAAAUUUGAGGAUAGUUACUGAUGGAACAGUUGUAACACUUAAAGAAUAUAUAGAGAAGAUCGGAUCAUCUGUGCAGUGUGAUGAAAGAAAGAGUGAUUAAUUAAGUGAGGGAACAAAAUAUACAUUUAUAUGUAUGUAUAUAUUUUUACUAGUAAGCUACUAGUUUAUAAAACUCGAAAUAGUUUUUUCGUACAGAGUUUGGUAAAACGUACACUGCUCUCAUGUAUAAAAUAUUGUUUAGAAAUUAUAUAUUUUGAUAAAUGUUUUUACUGUUAAAUUUUCAAUGUUAAAAGUGCGUACCUACCUAUAAUAGUCGGUUCGCUCAUCUCAUACACAACUGUAGUAUUUUUUUUUGCGAAGUUAGUUACAUUUUGACAGACUAGCCGUGGUUGGAAAUUACUAUAUAACCAAGUACACGUGCUCAUUGCCAAUAUUAGAGAGAUAUCGCAAAGGCAAAAGUUAAUACCGUGUCAAGACGUAAAUAGCGGAUAGCGGUCUAUUUCAACACAUACAUCAAGAGAGUUAUCUGAAGCAAAUGUUCUAGGACAGGGUUUAACGUUAUUAUAACAACCGGCAUUUGGGAUUAAAUGUAACCUAGAAAUUAAUGUUUAGGAAUACUGUCCUGUUUUUUUAUUGAAAAAUGAAUUUGAAUAUUGAGCAGGUAGACAUGCAUUUUAAUUUUAAUGAUUUAACUAACAAUAAAUAUAAAUAGGCAAUAUAAAAAUAAUAUAAAAUAUCUGAAUAGCUAAUAUCAUAAGCACAAAAAGAUUGUAUACAAAAUAAGAACACACGUGUUUCUCAACACAGAAAAAAAGAUGAUGAUUCACAGCUUUUAGUUUAUAAAAUUUGUAUUCUAUAAAUUAUUUUUAUGUUUCAUCCCAAAUGUCAAAUUAGCGUUUAACGUUAUUACCAUCCCUUCCCUUACCAACCGGUAUUAGCGUAACAUUCACUCUGCGCUUGCGUACAUGUCAAAAUAGCGUAUAAUUCCGCUAUUAACGUGCGAUAAAAAUGCACUUGCGAUAUCUUUCUAUAUGGCUUUUCAUCGGCUCUCGUUUGUUUCGAGCUUCUGCCAUAUGUUGUGUAAUCCGUGUAUAUUAAUAUAUACAGGGUGAGUCAUGAGGAACUGUACAUACUCCUACAUCGUAUAGAGGCUCCUAUGGGGAAUACCAAAUGACCAUUAAAAAGUGUCUGCUCCCAUUGUUUAAUAAUAUACAGGGUGAGUUUCGCAUUUUGACAGAAAUUUGUAUUAGUCAUAAUUUUUGAACGGUCAGAUCGAUGUGUCUCUUAUUUUGGCCAAUCGUUACACUAUUACCACCUAAUCAACUAAUUUAUUCAAACUAGAAAAAAGUCAGGUCCGGCUUUAAAAAAAUUAGUUCGUUUGGGUCUUAGAAAAAAUUUCACCUUGUAUACGCUUUUUGAAAACUCUAAUAUGAAUUUUACAAAUUAGACAAAUAGGCAAUUAAAAUGGCAUAUUUAUUUUUUUCCGCACACGAUUACUUAAUUUUUUAUAAAAAAAUAAAAUUUCACUAUGAAUUAAAAGUUUGGUAAAGUGAACCAUAGAUUUAAAAAAAAUAACUUUUAUUAAAAAAAUUAAUUUUUUUUGCACAAAUAAGUAAUUUAUGUUACCAUCCAAUUAACUGAUUUAUGCAAACUAGAGAAAAAUCAGGUCCGGAUUUAAAAAAUUAGUUCGUUUUGGUCUUAGAAAAAAUUUCACCCUGUAUACGCUUUUUGAAAACUCUAAUAUAAAUUUUACAAAUAAGACAAAUAGGCAAUUAAAAUGGUGUAUUUAUUUUUUCCCCACACAAUUACUUAAUUUUUUAUUAAAAAAUCAAAUUUGUUAAAGUCGGAAUUUUAACUUAAAAAUGAAAAAAAAAUGAACUCACGGUUUAACUCGCUACAACUCUGUUCCAUUUUAAUAUUUUUUUUUUGAAAUUUUUACAGCACAUACCUCUUACCAUUGUGAAGACUAUGAAAAUUGUUGUAGACUUUCAGUCUUCUUGUAAAAGCUGCAAACUUGUAAAUCGCAAAAAUUAGGAGGAAAAAUUUAAAAUUUAUCAAUUUGAUCACGUCUAUGUUAAACUAUAGAGUCCAAAAGAAGUGUUAUGGGAAGUUUUAGAUCUAGACGUGUUAUAGAAAAAAAAAUGGUAAAACUUUUAAUUUUAAGAAAAACGUUGUUUUUGUAAAUUAAUUUUUGUAAAAAAAGUUAAAACUUUGCCAAACUUUUUGCAUAGUCAAAUUUGAUUUUUUAAUAAAAAAAUAAGUAAUCGUGUGGGGAAAAAAUAAAUAUGCCAUUUUAAUUGCCUAUUUGUCUUAUUUGUAAAAUUCAUAUUAGAGUUUUCAAAAAACGUAUACAAGGUGAAAUUUUUUCUAAGACCCAAACAAACUAAUUUUUUAAAUCCGGGCCUGAUUUUUUUCUAGUUUGAAUAAAUCAGUUGAUUUGGUGAUAACAUAAAUUAAAUAUUUGUUAAAAAAAAUUCAUUUUUGUAAUAAAAGUUAUUUUUUUUUAAAUCUAUGGUUCACUUUACCAAACUUUUAAUUAUUCAUAGUCAAAUUUGAUUUUUUUUUUAUAAAAAAUUAAGUAAUCGUGUGGGGAAAAAAUAAAUACGCCAUUUUAAUUGCCUAUUUGUCUAAUUUGUAAAAAUCAUAUUAGAGUUUUCAAAAAGUGUAUACAGGGUGAAAUUUUUUCUAAGACCAAAACGAACUUAUUUUUUAAAUCCGGGCCUGAUUUUUUUCUUGUUUGAAUAAAUCAGUUGAUUGGUGGUAACAUAAAUUAAAUAUUUGUUCAAAAAAAAAUAAUUUUGGUAAUAAAAGUUAAUUUUGUUAAAUCUAUGGUUCACUUUACCAAACUUUUAAUUCAUAAUCAAAUUUGAUUUUUUUAUAAAAAAUUAAGCAAUCGUGUGCGGAAAAAAAUAAAUAUGUUAUUUUAAUUGCCUAUUUGUCUAAUUUGUAAAAUUCAUAUUAGAGUUUUCAAAAAGCUUAUACAGGGUGAAAUUUUUUCUAAGACCCAAACGAACUAAUUUUUUUAAAGCCGGACCUGAUUUUUUCUAGUUUGAAUAAAUCAGUUGAUUAGGUGGCAAUAGUGUAACGAUUGACCAAAAUAAGAGACACAUCGAUCUGACCGUUCAAAAAUUAUGACGAAUACAAAUUUCUGUCAAAAUGCGAAACUCGCCCUGUAUAUUAUUAAACAAUGGGAGCAGACACUUUUUAAUGCUCAUUUGUUAUUCCCCAUAGGGGCCUCUAUACGAGGUAGGAGUAUGUACAGUUCCUCAUGACUCACCCUGUAUACAGAUUAUACAACAUGACAGAAGCUCAAAACAAAUGACAAAUCGAUGAAAAGCCCUAUUAGGAGUAAACAAACUUAAAUAACAUAAAUCUUAAGCCAAUCCGUAAUUAUUUAUUGACACAAUAUUAUAAUGUGUUGAUAACAAAUGAGAAAAUUAUUUAUUGUACAGAAUAAAAACAUUUUGAGGAAAUAAAUUUCACAAAAUGGUAUGAGUUUAGUAUACAUACUAUUUCUAAUAAUUCUUCUUUUUUAAUAAAAGAGUAAGUAUAUUUGAGCUGUUAAUAGUAUGAGGCAGGAAUUUUUGUGUUGUAUAUUUCCUAACUCUGAAUCUGUCAAAAUGCGUCAGAGUUGAGCGAACGUACUUUAGGAAGUUUUCGUAAAGAAAUAAACUAUAAAUAUUGUUGAGAAAUUAUAUAUUUUGAUAAAUGUGUUUUUCCGUUUUUAUUAUAAACUUUCACAAUUAAAAGAUAGGUGUAAGAUUUUGUAAACAAAUAAACUAUUUUUUUAUUGUUA